AUGCGACUACUUUUUCUUCUUCUCAUAUUUUUGGUCAAGACUACUGUAGCCGAUACUACUGUAGCCAAUGGUAAUACUACUUUCAGUGAGUUUUUGAGAGUACUGUAGGGUAUCGUACUACAAUAUUGCAGAUACUAGAUGUACUUUGGAAAAUGUGGAAAAUAAUUUGGGAAAAUUUAAUGAUUGUGCAGAAUUUACCGAUGUAAUGCAAAAUUGUGAGACAACCACAACUACAGUAACUUCAACUACUGUAACUACAGUACCCUCAACAUCCACAGGAACCUCGACUACUGUAUCUACAGUUCCUACCACAUCCACAGUACCCACAACAUCUACACUGACUACAACAUCUACAACAUCUACCACAUCUACAGUACCUACAACAUCUACAGUAACCAGCACAUCCACAUCUCCCACCACCACAACUACAGUACCAACCUGUUUUGAAGAUAUUUGCUGGACAACUCUAUCCACCACCACACAAGUUACCUCAACUACAGUACCCCAAACUACUACAGUAACCACACAAUCUUCAAGCUCAUCUUCAUCCUCAACCUCUACAGUACCCUCCACAUCCUCGUCGACUACAGUAACCUCCUCAACUAGUGUAUCAACAGAUCCUUCUACAAUAUCCAGCUCUUCUUCUACAUCUACAGUAACCAAAUCUACAACCUCUGGAACUACAGUAUCCACAUCUUCAGAACCCUCAACAAGUUCCUCCUCGACUACAGUAACCACAACAACUACAGUACCUUCGACCUCCAGUUCCACAAAAUCAACUUCGACCUCAACAUCAACAAAACUCUUCACAACUACCGUAACCCAACCCACAACAACUACAGUAACCGUUUGCUCAGAUGGUGUUUGUGAUACCACAGGAACAUCUACAGUACCCACCACAACUUCCUCGUCUACAAAAACUACAGUACCCACAACUUCGAAAUCGACUACAGUCACCCAAGAAAGCACAUCUACCGUAGUCCCAAAAACUAGCGAAACACCGAAGACUACAGUAAGCAAUAAUAAUAAUGUCGAUCCAUCUUCUACAGUAACCCAAGAGACUACAGUAACCUCGGAGACGUCAAUUAUUACCGGUGAUCAAGAGAGUACUGUAGCUAAUGAAACAUCGGUAACUGAGGAGACAACUACAGUAACUCUAGAGAGUACUGUAGCCAAUGAGACUACAAUUGAAUCUACAGUAACCCAAACAGAAGCGGAAAAUACUACGGUAGCUGAUAGUACUGUAACUAAUAGUACUGUAGCUGAAACUACAGUAUCCUUCGCAGCUGAAAAUACUACUGUAGCUGAAAGUACUGUGUCCGAAGCUGAAAACACUACUGUAGCUGAAACUACUGUUGCGCUGGAUCUGAAUUCUACUGUUGACGAUACUACUGUAGCUGGAACAACUUCAUCAGAAGCUCAGAAUACUACUGUAACCACAGUACCCUCAAAGAGUACUGUAGCUAUUCAACAAACUAGUUCUGUUCCCAAUGAAACAUCUACAGUAACCCAAAAAUCAACUUCAACUUCAUCUUCAUCUUCCACAACUACAGUAAUCCAAUCGAAAAGUUCUGCGAGUACUGUACCCAAGACCGAAUCAACAGUAAGCCAGCAAGACUCAACUACAGUAGUUCAGGAAACUUCGACUUCGAAAUCAAGUUCAGUAUCAUCCACAGUAUCUUUGAAUGAUUCAACUACAGUACCUCAAACAUCGGUUGAUUCCGAAUCUACAGUAACCAAGGCAGCUUCUUCAUCGACCACUUCAGACAAUUCUACAGUUGCCCAGGAUUCAACUUCUACCGUAACCCAGAAGAGUACUGUAGCCGAACUGGAUUCUACAAAGGUAUCUUCAUCAACCGGAAGUUCGAGCUCUACAGUAACCCAUGAGUCCUCUACAGUAUUUCAGGACUCUACAAUAAACCAGAAUGAUUCUACAGUUACCUCAAGCUCUACAGUAUCAACUACAGUACUUCAAACCACCACAAAUUCCUCAUGUGCUCAAAAAUGUCCAGAUGGAUAUCUCGAGGGCUCUACAGUAUGUUAUCUCCUCUUGGGACCCUCUGAUAUCUCAUCAUAUCAAUCAGCUCUCUCAAAAUGUCGUGCAACAGAUCGACAAGAUUUGGCGGGUUUCGAAAAACUGCGAGUUCGCAACGAUUUGACGCAAUUGACGCAGGCGGCAGUCGCCGGCGAAAUGGCGUGGUUUUUUGCGAAUGGCGGCGGCGGAAAACAAGAGCGAUUCGAUAAAAUUGCCGAUGUUUUUAGUAUUUUCGAUUUGACGAUGGUUAGUUCACCGGUUGCCACAACUAUGGGAAUAUCAGCGACGUCGAAGAAUGUUUCAGCAAUUUGUGUGUUGCCACGUGAGUUUUGGCGGGGAACGGGGAAGUUUCUAAGACCGUCCGUUUUUCCAGAAUACUGUAAUCAACCAACAUGCGAAGUUCUGACGGAUUUGGAAAUUUUGGGUGUAGAUUAUCAGUUGAGCACGACUGCAGACAAUUUGACAGCCAAGGAAACUGCCACGUAAGUUUUUAGUAGGUUGAAAAAUAACAUUAGAUACUCAGUCAAGUACGCAGUCACUUUUAUAUUCCAUUUUCAAGAACUCGGUUAUUUCUUUAGAAUCACAUGCUCUUACGAUGGUUCAACUACAAAAAUCACAUGCGGUACACGUGGCAAUAUAAUUCCGUCGCCAACAAUGAUCACAUGUCAAACUACAGAAGAUUCUGAGAUUGGAACAAAUACAACUGGAGAAACUGUUGAUUCGUGUGAUUCUUGUUAUUCGGAUGGAACUUCUAAAUGUGAUGAAAUAACUUAUGAUAAUGGAACUGUUGGAUAUACUUGUGUUUGUAAAGAUGGAUAUUCGGUAAGAGAUUCGGACAAUUUGCAAUGUGGAAUUUAUUUUUCAAGCCCAAAAAAUCCCCCAGAUUUGGACAGUAUGAAAUCUGAAAAUUUUCAGAUGAAAACCUGUUGGUAUUCUCCCAGCAAAUGCACUUCUUCUUCUUGUGGAAAUGGAACAUGUAUAGAUUUGCAAGAUUCAAUAACUUGUAUUUGUGAUUGGGGAUUUGAGGGAGACGAUUGUUCGAUCAACAAAGAUCCGAGUGUAAAAUAUGCAAAUGAAUCGCAAAGUUUGGUGAACAGAUUUACGAAUACGGUAGCUUUUAGUUCACUGGCAGCAUUCCAAGUCACAGUUUGGAGUGUUUUAUCGAUGUCUGUGAAGAUUGUUGGAAAAAUUACGUUGUCAAAUGAUGAAGACGUGAGAGUUUAGCUCAAUUUGCCCAGAAAUCUAUAAAAAUUUGCAGGAUCCUCAAGAAACCCAUCAAUCUCUUCGAGGAAUUUUCCUAACAAUGGCAACCACUUGUGUUCUUUGGUUUCAAAAUCCAUACAUGUUCGGGAUUCCGACUGCCACGUGUCGUGUCUAUUUUUUGCUCAUUCAUUUUUUGUUUGUUUAUUGUGAGUUUUGCAAUUUUGCAAAAGUGCUCUAUUGAUAUUUGUGAGAAAUUUGAGAAUUACUAGGAUAGGCUUCGGCCCAAUCCUUAGGCUUAUCCUUAGGCUUAAUCUCAGAAAAAUGCGCUCUAUUGCUAAUAAAAUAUCUUUUAUUUAAAUUCAAAAUAUUGUUUUACAGCUUUGGCCCAAUGGAUGUUUGAAGGAUUCAAUGCGAAUCAAAUUCUUCGCUGUCGUCACAUUAAUAAAUGGGAAACAGGAUUCGAUGGAAAACCGAGUUGGGGAAUAAUGGCAGUUCCAAGAUUAGUAACAUCAAUGAUAUUCGCAGCCGCUGUUCUAAUUAUAAUCUAUCAAUCUGGUUGGUAUCAAUUAGUAUCCACAUGGACUUGUAUUGGUGUUAUUUGCAAAUCCACGUCAUCAAUGUGGUUGCCAAUUGGUUUUUGUAUUGUUAUUAUUUUAUUGUUUGCCACAGCGAUCUUUGAGAAUAGUGUUCUCGUUUUACAGUGAGUUUUGAUGUCAAAAAAGUUGCAUUGCUCAGAUUAACAUUUUUCAGUCGUCGCCCAUUGUUCAAUCAAUUGAUCAACUCAAAAAUCGAGCGGGAAGAGGGAAUUUCGAGCGGGCAAAAUAUUGAAAAAUGUCGGAGAAAUGUGACAUACUGUAUUUUUGGUGUGUAUUUUUUGGCGACUACUUGGUUUUGCACAUUGUUAUCUGCUGAUAAACAGGAUAAUAAAUUGAUUGGAAUGUGAGUUUAGUUUAAGGCAAAAAAAUUAAUGUUUAAUUUUUUUUGUUUUCUAAGUAUCAAAUGUAUUUUGAAAUGGUAUUGCGAAAUUCGAAUUUUAUACGUUUCAAAAAUUUCCCAUUUGUUUUUCUGAACGUUUGAAUUUUGAUUCUUCGAUGAUAUCUUCAUGAUUUUCACUAACAUUGAUUAAACGCUUUGGAAACGUAAAAAAAUAUAGUUCUUUGAAAAAAAAAAUAAUUUUCAGGAUCGCUUUAAUUUUCUCGGCAAUCUAUGGAAUUUUCUCAUUCGUCCAAGGAAUCGUAACAUGUCCACCAACCUAUUCAAAAAUGCUUCGAUUCUUAAUGCGAAAACUUCCAGCAAAAAUCGCGCCAAAAUAUGAGCCUCUAAAUAUGUGGACACGUCAAGAAAUAUUGGAUCUCUAUGAAAAUGAGAAGGACAAAAAAGUGCGCGAGAAAAUGCUCGACGAACAUUUGCCAUUCAAUGCUCGUCGAUUUUUGCAACACAAAUGGGAUUUCCAACUUUCGAAACUAAAUGAAAAUCACCCGGAAAUGAGUCAAGAUGAAAAAGUGCUCCAAAUUAUUCGAAAUCAGCUUGCAAAAGCACGCAAAGAUCAAGCAAGCACAUAUCAAACCGAUCAAAUUAUUUCGACUUUCUCUAACUGGCUUCAAAACCUUCCAGAGAAUCCCGAAAUUUUCGGAGCACAUUGUGAGAAAGUCGCAAUCUGCACCACAACUUUUGACGAUAUUUCAAAGCCUUCUACAUUUUUCAUCAAUCCCGGAUUUGGAACUUUCAAGCCGAUCUUUGAGCCCGAGAAAAUCGAUUCAACUCUUGCCCAAAAUGAUCCAAAAUCUGAAAGCCAGAUCAAGAAAAAUUACGAAAUUUUGAGAAGCGAAGUUGAAGCUCAAUCAAAUUUCAUUCAUUCUGCGAUUCAUUUCAAACACUUUGGAAAAAUCACAGAAUAA